AUGUGGAUUAGAAAACAUCUAGAUGAGGCUCCAUUGAUACCGAUGGGUAGACCUCAGAGCAGUCCAGCCGCCCUACCUAGUAAUACAACUACUACUCAUGAUAUAUUUACAGCCAAAAAGUCACAACCAAAACGAAGGAAGACUAUUCACAUAUAUGGAGAUGAAGGAGCUAUAAUCCAACCUCGAUCUUUGAUCAAGUUAAAUAAAAAGAAAGCAAAUACAUUAAAGGAGAUUGGUGUAAAUAAGCCAAAGGAUAAUAAAGUCAAGAAGAAUUUCGUUGAAGAGCAGGACUCUGCUUCGUUAUUGAAAGUUAUUCCAACUAAGGAUCAAGAAAGUCCAACUAAGAGAUUAUCAGAUUCAGAUAGUGUUGCUGACAGUGAAGAAGAAAUGGAACCAUUAACAAGCUCUUCAUUUCCAUCUAGAAGUUCUACUAUAAGAACCGAGCAUGAAGUUACUGUUAAUACAAGUUUCGUUGAAGAUAAUGAAGAAGUGAUACUAGUAGAAGAAAAUGGAAAUGAUUACAAUGAAGGCAAUAAUUCACAGUUUGAUAGUGAUGAAAGUAUUAUAUAUAAUAUUGAUGAGGACUCAGCUGAACGAAUUAACUACUCUCAAAUGCCUACUUAUCAUCAUGAGGAUGAAGAAUUGAUAAUGUAUGAUGAGAAUCAACAUAGUCCUAUCGAAGGAGAAAUUGAAUCAUACUCUCAACCUGUGGAAAUUGAACUUAUAUCAGAUGAUGAAGAGCCAUUAGACGAGAAUUAUCAAAAUGAAAUGAAAGUGGUUGAAGAAGAAAGUCACUCAAAGCAGGCUGAAGAGGAUGAAUCUGCAGUUGAACCUGAAGAAGGUGUUAACGACAACCAUGACGUAGAGAUAUCAGAACAACAAGAAGAAGACAAUACAGAUAAGGGAUCAGAUAUUCAUGAUUCGGUUAAUACGGAAAUACGGAAUAUAUCUGAAGCAAUAAUAGAAGAAAAUGUUACUGAAUGUCAUAAUGAUUCUGAUAAAGAGAAUACUCCACCAACUGAAUCAAAUCUGACUUCUCAUAAACGACAUCGAGUUGCCAAACAUAAAUCUUUAGCUGAUAUAUGUAAUCAAACAUCUACUACUAAACGAGUUAGAGUUGGAUUAUCGAAAAGAGUUAAAGUUGAUUCAUUACAUAAUUAUUUAUUAAAACCUUAG